AUGAACUUUGACUUGGAGGAGGAGGAGGAGGAGGAGGAGAUAUUGGACAAAUAUUUUCCUCUAAAUAUUAUAUUUAGAAAAGAUAUACCGAUGUAUAGAAGUAUCAUCUAUAAUAAGUUUGAUGAUAUGACUACAAUUCCAUUCAAAAGUUAUCCUGUAUUACAUUCACUUAAUUUUUUUAUUCAAGAGAGAAAUGAUGAACAAAUUGCUACCCUCAUUGUGCAUAAUGUCCCCAUCCGUCUCUUUAAUCUUUCCCCAGAACCACAAUAUAUCAUCCUACCAUUUGAUGAUAAUUCUACAAUUCAAUUCAAAAGAUACCCAGUAUUACAUGCACGUAUGUUUAUUUUUCAAAGAAGAGAUGAUAAUGUUGAUUUUCUACUUGCAGUAGAAAGCUUUCCUAACUUUUUAUCCACUUGA